UGACGAAAGCGGAAAUGAAGCCGCUCUCUGGUUACUGUGUUGCGUUUAUGUGAAGCUUAGUGUUUGAUAAAUAUAUUUGUGUGUGUGUGUGUGUGUGUGUGUGUGUGUGUGUGUGUGUAGGUGAAUGUUUGUUGUUUCAAAGAUUGAUCAUUAGACUGUGAUAGAUUAACGCCUGGGCUGUCGAUAUGGAGACUGUACAGAAGGAACCGGAUGCGGAGUGUGGCAGUUCCUCGUGUAUGGGCAAUGGGAAAUCUAAGCUGGACACAUUGUCCAAAGAUGAUCUCAUUAAAUUUGCAAAAAAGCAGAUGGCUGCGAUGCAGAAGUUAAAGUCGAAGUGUUCAGAUUUAGAAGAGAAGGUUGAAGCGCUGAAGGCUGGUCAAGGGGAUUCCGUAAUACAGGAGCUGACUGAGAGAAUGGAUGCGGUAUUGCUCGAGAAAGCAGAGACUCAACAGAUGCUUGUGUUGCUGCGCAAAGAAAAUGAAACACUGAGAAACCAAAGUGAAGAGUCAAUGGAGACACUGGCUGCUCUCCAGCAGAAACUAGAGCAUUCUGAAAAGGACGACACUGAAAAGAUAAAGCUUAUGGAAGAACAGAUUGAAAGCACAGAAAAAAAAUACAGAGAGGAAUUGGAGUUUUUUAAAAAAACAGCGAAAGAAAAUGAAGAAAUCCAGAGACAUAGACUUCAGGAAGACUUCAAUUCUCAAAUCGAGGCAAUUCGUAAAGAAUAUGAGAGCAAGAUAUCUGAUUUGGAGCGGAAUCUGGAACUGGCUAAAAAAGAAUGGAUAACUGAGAAGGAGACUCUUGAGGAAACUCACCAGAAAACUCUCCAAAAAUCCCAAGAAGAUCUUGAGAAUUGUCAGGAGAUGAUUUCAGGGCUGAACAAACAGCAUGAAGAUGAGGUCAGGUAUCUGGAAGAACAGCUUGAAAUCAAUGCUACAGAGUUUGAUAUGGAGAGGGAGAGGCUGUUGUUGGUCCAGGAAGAGCUUUCAGAGCAAAUAGCACUUAAAGAAUGCUACCUCCAGGAUGUUCAAGAGGAAGAAGAAGACCUCAACAGAAGGACCCAAAAGCCAUCAGAAUUGAUUAAAGCAUUGGAUUCCUCAAUGGCAGAAGACCCAGAGAGUGAAACGGACAAAUUGAGAUUAGCUCUGCAGGAUUUACAGUCACAAAACACGAUGCUUAAAGAGGAACUCACGUUUCUCACCAAUGUUAAGACUGAGCUUGAGGGUGAUCUGCAACAUUUAAAGGAGGAGUUCAGUGUGGAAAGGGAAGAACUGGAGUUCAAGAUUAAUGAAAUGCAAAUGACUAAAGAAGAAGGUGAGAUUUGCCCUGAAAAGGAGGUUCAUUUUCUAAACGCAGCAGAGAAUAUACGUCUUGAAGAACAUGAUCGGAUUCUUCACGAAUUAAAAGAGUCGCACAAAGCAGAAAUGAAAGAACUAGAGGCUUUUCUCAUUUCCAAUAAUGAGCGUGAAAAAGAAGCUAUUGUUCAAUCUUCCCAUGAUCUGCAAAACACAUGCAAGAGGCUUUCUGAGGAGAACAACGCUAUUGUCAGUGAAUAUGAACACACACAAGAAAUUCUGAGAAACAUUGAGAUGGAGCUUGGAGACAGAACAUCUGACUUUGUGAAGAAAUACAAUGCCAUGAAAGAGCAGGCAGCAGUUUCAAUUCAGGAGUUAGAGGAAAAGCUCAAGGAGAAGGAUAGUAUAAUAGAGAAACUAAAGUGCUUAGAGCAAACCCAGGAUAAAUCCUGCAAUACUUCAGCCAAGGACUUGCCUGUGUCAAAUGAGGAAAUGGCUGAACUGCAAAAAGAUCACCAAGCUGCAUUAGAAGACUGGGAUGCUCUCAGAAAAGAUCUGGAGACUAAUGAAGAAAAACUUCUUGAGGUACGGAAGCAAGUCUGUUAUAUACUUGCUCAGAUCUACUCUGUGAAAAUCGAUGAAGACAAAGACAUCUCUGGAUUGCUGCACCAUCUUCUAUCCAGAGCUGAAGAAGAUAAAUCAAUUUCUACUGUGUUAAAUGAGGAAAAGGCCAAAUUACAAGAAGAGCUGCAAGCUGUGUCUGAUGAGAGGAAUGAUCUAAAGAAGCUUAUUGACACUAAUGAAAGAAAACAUUAUGAUAUACAACAGCAAGUUUGUGAAAUACUGGAGCAGAACUACUCUGUGAAAAUAAUCGGGGAGGAAGACAUAUCUGUACUGCUGAACAAUCUUCUGUCUAGCGUUCAGGAAGAAAAAAGGAGUUGUAUUGUGUUAAAUGAGGAAAAAAAUAAACAACAAAAAGACCUGGUGACCGUGGUUCAAGAAAGGGAUGAUCUGAAGAGACGUACGGAAAACCUUGAAAGAGAGCUUUCUGAUGCACAGAACAAUGUCUGUAAAAUGCUGGAACAAAACUACUCUGUGAACAUAGACAAAGAAGAGGACAUCUCUGUCCUGCUGAAGCAUCUCCUGUCAAGAGUCGAAGAAGAAAAACUGACAUUAACACAGCAGUUGGAGGAAAAAGAAGUACAGUUGUCGCAGCAAAAGCAGCAGGCCGAACUCAGUGAUGAGGCGUGCCUACAGAAGACCAGACCGAGUGGAGUUCACUCAGAUACUGAAAAUUUGCAAGAGGACCAAACGCAGCAAGGUGAAAUAACAGGGAAUGUGAUGGGCCAAGAACAUGAAGAGGAACCUGCAGGCGAAAGUGGUGCUCAAGAAACAGAUGACAUGAAAAGGCUCCAACAGAAGCUAAGUGAAAAAGAGGCCACAAUAGCCCAUCUAAGGGAAGAAAUUUCCCAUUUACAGGAAUCCAAGCUAUCUACACUGAAUGAAAACAUGAAGCAAAUAGAAUGUCUGGAAAAAGAAAGCAAAGAGAAAGAAGAACGGUUGAAUAAAUUCAAAGCUGUAGCUGUGAAAGCAAAGAAGGAACUGGACAACAGCAAAAAAGAGGCAUCUAGACUAAAAGAAGAAUUGGAGGCUUUGAGGACUGAAAGAGAUAAAAUGUCAGACUCCAUGAAGGCCAUAAUCCAUGGUGCAGAGGCCUAUAAGAAUCUUAUGAUUGAGUAUGACAAGCAAACUGAGCUGUUGGAUAAAGAAAAAGAGAAACUGGAGGCAGCAGAAAAAAUAGUUGGGGACUUGACCAAACGUCUGCAUGUAGCUGUUGAGCAGCAUAAGCAACUUUCUUCUGAGAGAGAUGACCUGAUGGCCCAUAACGAAAGUCUCCAAAGUAAUGUUCGAGAGCUGGAGGCACAGGCUCUUGAGAUGCACAAACACAAAUCUUCAAUCGAGAGAGACCUGGAGGCAGAAAGGCUUUUAAAAGAGCUAAAAACAAAGGAGCAUGCAUGUGCUGUAAAGGAAGUUGAGGAGCUCCAGAUAUUGCAACAGAAACAGAAACAACAGUUUCAGCAGACAGAGCAAGAGUUGGAGCAGCUUAGAAAGGAUGCCCAGCAGAGCACAUUGUUGGACAUGGAGAUGGCAGAUUAUGAGCGGCUGGUCAAAGAUCUCAAUCUGCAGCUUUCAGACAAGGAUAGACAGCUGAAAGAGCAUGAAAGACAAACACAGGCUCAGAAUGAGAGGGAGGAGAGACUGAACAAGGAAAUAGAAUCAUUAAAGUCACUUGUGGACAUCGGAGAGGAGAAGACCACAAAGGUUAAACAGCUGCUGGUGAAAACUAAGAAGGAUUUGGCAGAUGCCAAGAAAGCAGAAGCAUCUCAGAUGAUCCAGCAGUCUUCUCUGAAAGGGGAAUUGGAGGCAAUUCAACAGCAGCUGGAGACGUACAAGAUUCAAUGUAGUGAACUGACUGCAGAUCAGCACAGGCUUCAGGAGCAGCUAAAGUCAGUGAGCGAUCAGCAUCAGAAAUCUGUCACUUCCUACCAGCACCAAGUGACCACUUUACAGAAUGAUCUGACCUCCACAAAGGCUGAAUUUGAGUCCACAAAGUCAGAGUUUGAAAGUUACAAGGUGCGAGUACACAAUGUGCUUAAGCAGCAGAGAAAUAAGAGCAAUACUCAAAGCGAUGGUGAUUUUUCCAAGGAAAACAGGGAGAACAUGGAGACCAUGCUGGACCAGUUAAGGUCCAAGCUGCAAGAAAGUCAACUUAAUGCAAAGAGCUGCAAUGCAGAGCUACAGCAGCUUCAAGCGGAAUAUGACACACUUUUGGAGCGUCACAACAAAAUGUUGCAGCAGACUAUAACUAAGGAGGCAGAACUGAGAGAGAGGUUACUGUCACUGCAUUCAGAGAAUGUAGCACUAAAAUCAGAGCACAGCCAGUCAGUAGCGCAGCUAACGGCACAAACAGAAACAUUACGUGGUAGCUUCCGUGAGCAGCUGCACCACUUGCAGGCUGAACAUCGCAGCACGGUAGAGACCCUGCAGCACCAAAUCAGCAACCUGGAGACCCAGCUGUUCCAGCUGCAAAAAGAUCCUGCUACUUCAGUUUCUCAGCAGCAGAGCAAGAAGCCUCAGUCAGACAAGAAGGUUACGGAUCUUCCAUUGUUUGAGAUGAACAUGGCUCGAGAGGAAGGUGAGGGAAUGGAGACAACAGAAACGGAGUCUCUCUCCACACCAGGGACUCCUCCUCCCAGUCUCGAGCAGCUCCUCACGUCACCUGAUCCCAAACAUGAACCGUUUGUGUGGCAGGUGGAGCCCACAAAGGAGGAGCUAACAAACCAACUGAAUACAGCCACACGUAGCAUGGAGCACAUGAACAGCCUGUUACAUGAGAGUGAAGCCACCAACGCCAUCCUCAUGGAGCAGAUCAACCUCCUAAAAAGUGAGAUGCGUCGACUGGAGCGAAAUCAGGAGCGAGAGAAAUCCGUUGCAAACCUGGAGUAUCUGAAAAAUGUGUUGCUGCAGUUUAUCUUCCUUCGUGCUGGCAGUGAGAAGCAGGCGCUGCUGCCUGUCAUACACACAAUGCUGCAACUCAGCCCAGAAGAGAAGAGUAAACUUUCUGCCAUUGCACACGGUGAAGAAGAGGCUGCAGCGUCCAGAGGAUCCGGUUGGACUUCAUAUCUCCACAGUUGGUCUGGGAUCAGAUAAGAACGCAAAGCCUUAAGUAUGCACAGUUUCCAUAAAUGUCUGUAUGAUUCUAUAUUAAAAAAUAGGAAAGUAUACCUAUAUUUUUUAAUGAUUCGUUUUUUAUAUAUAUGCUUGUGAAGAGGGUAUGCAGUUGACUUAUGUCGCGAAUCCAUAGCUCACACUUUUUGCACACAUCUUUUAAUCAGCUUUCCCUGUGAUAUGUGAAGAUAAUCCAAGUGAUUAAUAUGUAGUAUCUCAAGCCACAAUGAUUAUAAUCAAAAAUAUCAAAAGAGGUUAAAGAAAUUUACUGAAAUGUUGAAAUUUUAUUUUACCUGUCCUGCUUCUACCUGUCAAUCUACUGUAUCAUCUUGUAACUGAAAUGAAAAAUAAAUUGUUCUGUG